CACCUGUCAACCAGUGAAGAGUUGAGAAGGCGCAUUGUAAAGACCAUUAUGGACCUUUCUGCAACAGUGAUCUUGGCAGGGCUAAUCUUAGCUCUGCUGUGGUUGUUUAGUGUAAAAAACAGAAGGAACUUGCCUCCAGGACCCUUUGCACUUCCUCUCAUCGGAAACCUGCCGCAGAUAGAAAAAAAAGCACCUUUCAAAAGUUUUCUCAAGUUCAGUGAAACCUAUGGUCCUGUGAUAACAUUGUACCUGGGCUGGCAGCGGACAGUUGUUCUGGUAGGAUAUGAUGCAGUGAAGGAGGCUCUGGUGGACCAGGCAGAUGACUUUACAGGCAGAGGGCCCCUGCCGUUUUUGUUCAAAGCGACGGACGGCUACGGUUUGGGGAUCAGUAACGGGGAGCGCUGGCGCCAGCUGCGACGCUUCACACUGACAACCCUAAGAGACUUUGGGAUGGGACGCAAGGGCAUGGAAGAGUGGAUCCAAGAGGAGAGCAAACACUUGAGAGCCCGCAUAGAUACAUUCAAAGGCAAGCCAUUUGACCCCACGUUUUUGUUGAGCUGCACCGUGUCCAAUGUGAUCUGCUGCAUAGUGUUUAGCCAACGCUUCAGUUAUGAUGACAAGCAGUUCCUGAACCUCCUCGGUGAUUUAGCUGAGGUUUUACGGUUCAACAGCAGCCCCCUGGGUCAGAUGUACAACAUCUUUCCCUGGAUCAUGGAGCGUCUACCUGGCUACCACCACACUGUUUUUGCCAAGGUUAAGCAGAUAAGAGAGUUUAUCAAGAUAAAGAUCCAAGAGCACAAGGAGACACUGGACCCCAGCUCCCCGAGAGAUUUUAUUGACUGCUUUCUCAUCCGAAUGAAUCAGGAAAAGGACAAUCCCGCAACUGAGUUCCACUAUGAGAACUUGGUGUCAACAACAAUGAAUCUAUUCCUGGCAGGAACAGAAACCACCAGCUCCACCAUCAGAUAUGGCCUCAGUGUGCUGAUCAAACACCCCAACAUACAGGAAAAAAUGCAGCAGGAGAUUGAUAGUGUGAUUGGAGCGGACCGUUGUCCCAGAAUGGAGGACAGGAAGUCUCUCCCCUUCACAGAUGCAGUCAUCCAUGAGGUGCAGCGUUUUCUGGACAUAGUCCCAUUCAGCCUCCCCCACUACGCACUCCAUGACAUCUCUUUUAGGGGUUAUACAAUCCCCAAGGACACUGUGAUUAUUCCCUUUUUGCACUCUGUACUGAAAGAGGGCAAGCAAUGGGCAACUCCGUGGUCCUUCAACCCGCAGCACUUCUUGGACCAGAAUGGCAACUUUAAGAAAAAUCCUGCAUUCCUGCCAUUUGCUGCAGGAAAGAGAGCCUGCGUUGGCGAGUCUCUAGCCCGUAUGGAGCUUUUCAUCUUUCUAGUAUCACUGCUACGACAUUUCACCUUUUCCUGCAACGAAGGCCCUGACAGUAUAAACCUCGUUCCAGAGUACAGCAGCUUUGCCAAUGUGCCUCGAAGAUAUCAGAUCAUCGCCACACCACGGUGAAAAGAGCAGUCCCACUCAGGCAGCCUCUUAUCGCUUCAAGUACUCACAAGGACAACUAUAGAUACAGCAGACAGGCCCAUCAGGCUAAACAGCUUCUCUCCAAGCAUAAUUAUGAAUCAUCUUUUCUCUUGGUUUGGUUGUCUUAUAUUUUCUUCUGUAUGAAUUUUAAUCAGCAAAAAUAAAUGUAUUAUGUGUUGCUACAA